ACACAACCUUCUCACCCAAACAGUUGAAUAUUCAUCAUCAGAAGUGGACAGAGCAGAGGUCAACAUCCCAUAAUGCCGUUCACCAAUACACAAUGAGUGACAUCGAGGACGACAGUGAAAUCUACUUCUCUGUUAAAUUUUUGGGUCGCAUCCAAGUGGUUCGUCCAGGUGGGAUGCAGAUCCUGACAGAUGCUCUUCAAGCCCUGCAGGAUCCUACCAUAGAGAUGGGCGAGAAAAUGAAGAAAACAAAAGCGCAUCUGUUUCUGACCCGGAGCUCCAUUGACAUUCUUGAGCACAAAACAAAGUUCAUGCUGUACUCUUGCGCUCUGCCGUCGGUGUCGUUCUGUGCUGUGCACCCGAAUCAGCCCAAAAUACUGGGCUUUGUGGCCAAACACCCAGCGUCAGACAUGUACCACUGCUACAUCUUCCAGAGCAAGAAGUUUUCUCAUCUGCUGGUGUCCAUCAUUGGCGACACUUUCAGGGCUUAUAAUCAGAAUGAAAGUCUUCCAGGAGAUCGAGAUCUGGUGGUGGAGGCCCUGAGACACAAGAAUAAGGUUCUGGAACGAGAAAACGCUGAGCUGAAGAGGAAACUGCAAGCCAAUGUGCCAGACAAUGAGAAAGGUGGAAUCCGAAACUAUCAUGAUGACGAGUCUGAAACUUCAUCUCGAUCUGGACAAGUGAGAUUCUUCACAGAAGAUGACAAGACUCCUUUGGAAAGAAAUUUCUGAGCAGAAACAGAUGAUACAUGUCUGAUCAAAGCUAUUGAAACACCAUCAUUAAACAACUCCAACAGAUCUGACAGCACUGAGCUGUGUAAAACAUCAUUUCAACAUGAAGAAUUAUCUAUUAUUUCCAUGUCUGAAAGCUAAAUUAUUCAAAUGAACAUAUGAUUUGUUAAACACGUAGGCUAACUUUAGGGAUGCACAUAUGAGUGGAUCGGCUACAGUUAAUCUUUAGCUGAACGUUAAUUAACAUUUGACUUUAAGCUAACUUCAUAUUCUUUAUUAACUGCAUAUUUUCAUAGAGCUUGAUAUUAUAGUGAGAGAAAUGAGAAAAUAAGUUUGGUUUUGCCUUCUGUUGCAGUUUGUCAUGUAUAAAAUGACCUGACGUAUGUAUUUAUAAAUAAUUUGAGCAAUAAAUCUCUUAAGUGUGU